CAGGCGCUGUCCGCGUCCGCUCUGCUUGCUUGAUAUCUGGAUGCGCGGCCAGGACUUGAACGACCUGGCCCCUCGUUCGCAACCUCUCAUUCUACCAGAGUUGAAGCAAUCCUUUUCCUUCGCUCCACCCGUGCCAGCCUUGUGUUUGCAUACUGUGGUAUAAGAGGACCCUUCAUUCCCCCAGACCAGGACCCUUUCACCAGCAGCUUUGACUUUCGAAUUUGCCAUUCUUCCAGAACACCAUCUGACAAAGAUCAAUCACUUCCAUAUACACCACGAUACAGAAUAUCAACAAGAUAUACCUCAUCACCGCCAUGACCGACUACUCACUCAACACCUGGAGCCAGCAGAACGGUGCCUUUUCACCCGUCGACCCUGCCUUCCAAUGGGACUUUACUGGCGUUCAAUCCCCAAAGGCCAUGGCCACUCACUACAAUGAUCUUCUACAACGAGCAGCAGAUUUCUACGCUACACUCGACACUUCUUACGACAGCUUGUCCGCCUCAGGAUCUGAUGCUUCAUACCGGUCAACUCCUGAAAGACGCGUCUCUUCCACUUCCAGCGUAGUCACCCAAGUCAAGAGCUCCAUUCCCGACAAGCUUGAGAGAAGGCGAGAACAGAAUCGUUCUUCACAACGAGCUUAUCGGGAGCGCAAGGAACGUCACCAGAAGGAGCUCGAGGAGCAGAUCAAUCAAUGGCAACAGAAGCACCAAAUCCUGUCACGCUCCUACUCUCAACAAACCGAGGAAGUUGCCCGCCUCAAGGCCCAGAUUGAGCAAUUGAACAACGAAAUCACCAAUCUACAAGUCGGAGUUCCAACGCUUUGUGGCUCACUCUGCCAGUCUCCGCAAGAGUUUGACCUGGUGCCUUUCUUCAACUCGGACGCCUUCACUCCGGUAUCAAGCCCACGCCUAUCAGAUGCGACCCACGCCAACAGAAGAUGAGCUCAAGAUCUCUUAUGUGUACUGGGCGGCUUGAUUCACUUUGAGAUUUUAUUCUUUUGCAUAGCGUUAGGGCUGGAUGAAUCAUGGGUUGCAGUGGCUUGGUUAUCUUAGGGCUAUGAUCAUGUUGGCGUUUUUGGUGUGCAAGGGACAGUUGUAACUGCAUACACAAUCCCGGCGGCAGAUUGAUUUUCAUCCGGGGUUGACCUUUUCAUUAUGGGGACUGAUUGGAAAAAAGAUACUCCUUUUUGUAUUUUGGACGAACGGAGGGGUACGUGAUGAAGAACUCAUUGUGUCCCGUUGAAAUUACACAGUUAUUUCAAUUCUUUUAGGCCCCAGAAUAAAAGAGGUGUCAGGGGGCUCAAACAACAGUAUGAUGAUGUUUAUGGAUCGAUUGGCUUUCUGCUAUGAGAUGGGCUCGGG